AUGUCAGGGGACAUAAAAAACUUCGUUGAAGAACAAAAAUUAAUUAUUUUAGAAGAAAAAAAGAGGUUGGGCUUAUUUGAAGAUAAGCAAUAUGAGAAAAAUUGUGAUAAUGAAACAACACAGAACAAUAAUUUGGAACAAUCACUCGAAGAAAAUAAGGAAAAUGUACACAUAAACCCCGACUGUGUCUUAACAUCAAAUGAAAAUCAAACUCUGCCAUUUAUCGAACCACUCAAUUUAAAUAGUAACAGAGAUAAUAGCAACAUUACGUUAGAAGAGAAAAAGCAAGCUUUUAUCGAUAAACUUGUUAAUUCAGAGAAUUCCUUAACUAAUAGAUCGGAUGACAGCAUCGGUUGUGCAAUGUUACGCUACGGUGAAUACAGCCCAAAUAACCCAGAACUGAGAGUGACUGCUGCACCUUACCUAGGCCUGGGGGAGUAUGAGCAGAGAAGAAAUUACUUCUUACAGAAACAGAGAGCUGAAUAUUUGAGGCACAUCGCAAAGAAAAACGAGGGUAAUAAAGAACUUAAAAAAACUAUAUUGUCUGAACACAGAACACCUGCUAAUAUUUCUGAAAAUACAAAUCGGCUAGAGAAAAGUGUCCAAACUGACAUACAGAAUAUUAAAAGUCAAUUAAUUCAGUAUGAUUUACAAUGUCAAAAUUCACCAGAGAAGGAACUAAGUCCUCGUCGUGUUGAUAAUAAUUUGACCCAGAAUAAUCGAAAUUUGGCUUCUUAUAGAAUAGACCAAAGGCUAACUACUGCUCAAAAUGCCUUAUUAAAUCAAGACAUGGAGAAACCAAAGAGCAUAUUGUCCAACAGACGGACUGGAAGCCCAAGAGAAAGAUUAAUGUCGGAUUUGUAUACUCCGACGUUCAUGGACAGUUUCAGUUACCAAGCUUCCAAAUCUGAGGAGCACGAAAGAGAAAAAUUAAAACAAGAAGUUUACCAACACGAAUUAAGGCUGCAAAUUGAAGAGAAACAUAGGUUGCAACAGAUGAGAGUUGAACAAGAAAGACGGGAACAAGAGUUGGGAAAUCGGAGAUUAGAACAGCAACUCUUGAGGAUGCAGGAGGAAAGGAUGAUAGAGGAACAGAGGAGAAGCCGUAGAGAUGAACAGAUGAGACGACACAGUGAGGAUCUAUUGCGCCGCAAACAGGAACUUCAGUCCACAAGGCAUGGAUUCCGAAAACACAUGAAUUCUGAAAGUAGUGUCACUAGUUUCCAUAGCAACCCCGGUGAUACUGUGGGUAAACCCCUUUCUCAUUAUUCUCCUCCCGUUUCACGUCGCAAUCCGUACUCUUUUAAUAUUCCAUCCACGUCUGUGUUCGCUGACCCAUCAGCAAGGUAUAACCCAAACCGUUUUGAUUCUUACCAUCGAAAGGACACCCUUAACCGAAUGGAUUCACUGAAUUCAUAUGAGCCUUCUAGUCGUUAUAACACUUUCAGUAGAUUUGAUUCACUAAGUAGAAUAGACUCGUUAAAUCAACGUAUAGAAUCUAUGAAUAUAAGAGAUAGCCUGAGUAACGGACAGCGAAGGCACAGUGCCACUCAACAGGACCUCAGCAUGCUGAAGAGAAGCCCUAGAUUGCAAAGGAGGAGUAGUUCUAGUAGGUUCGAGGAUUCCUUACCGGUCCCGAUAUUAAAAGCGCACUCACCCGUGGCCAAAGAAUUAAAAAAUUCUAUUCCGUUUAAUAGUUCUAGACAUAGUUCUGAUGCACUUAGAAAAUUAGAAGAUAAGUGGCAGAUUCCUGCAGUACAAAAAACUAUACUCAAUCAUGCAGAUUCUCCCAGAGAUGGGCAAAAACGGAGUAUUUUGACUCAGCUUGGUGCCAUUCGAAUGCAGCUUCAGCAGGAACAGUUAAGAAUGGAUGAAACUUUAAGGAAACGCGGUUUUACACAAUCCAAGGCUGUUGACUUUCAUUAAAAAAAAAUGUAACAAAAGCAUUUUAC